CCGCGCCGCCACCAAGAAGAACCCAAAAAGCAGUAGAAGAAGCGGACCAUUACUUGGGACCGAGCUCGACGUCGCCGCCUUCACCGGCAGAAACCCGCCGGCGUUUCGAGUUCCGAGCAAGCAGCGAAUUCCCCAAAAUGGAGGUCGUCUGUCCGAUCGACGAGAAGCGCGCCCCCGAAAUCUCCGCCCUUCUCCGACCUCCUCCUCCCCGCGAAAUCCAGGAUUACUUCGACCAGCUUUUAGCCUCGCGGGAGGGCUGCCGCCUCAAGGUGAAGCAAGAUGGCGAGUUCGGGAAAGGUGUUUAUGCCGAUGUGGAUUUUAAAGAAGGGGAGCUUCUUUUAAGGGAUCAAAUGCUUUUUGGGUGUCAACAUCCCUCAAAUAAGAUUGAUUGUCUGGUAUGUAGCUUCUGUUUUCGCUUUAUUGGGACAUUAGAACUUCAAAUCGGAAGAAGAUUGUUUUUUCAAGAUUUAGGUCUCUCUUCAAGCCAUGGAUGUGAUACUGGUUCGUGCUCAGAUGUUUCAAAUGAUCAUGGUGCAUCUGACUCAUCUGAUGGAGAAGACAUCACGGAUGAGGAAAGUUACGAUGACUCUCGUGGAUGUGCUUCAGGAAGCAAGAGAGCAAAAGUUCCUCUGCCCAAGGAAAUCGUUGAAUCAUUGAUGAAUGGUGAAAUUGUAUUGCCAUACUCGGACAAAUUUUCCUCGCCACCGGUUAUUCCAUGUUCCGGGGGAUGUCAAGAAGCUUACUAUUGCAGCAAAGUGUGUGCAGAUGCUGACUGGAAUUCAUUUCAUUCUUUACUGUGCACUGGAGAGAAGUCAGAAGCGUUUUCCGCAAAGGCUCUUCUCCAAUUCACCCAACAUGCUAACGAAACAAAUGAUAUUUUCAUUCUGGCAGCCAAAGCAAUUGCAUACACUAUAUUAAGGUAUAGGAAGUCAAAAGCAAUUUUUCUGAGUAGUUAUACGAAGGACACGGCUCAUGUUAUGGACAACUUUCAUAUGCCCUUACUUUUAGAAGCAUGGAAGCCAAUAUCAGUCGGUCACAAGAGAAGGUGGUGGGAAUGCAUAGCAUUGCCGGAGGAUGUUGAUCCUUCUGAUGAAGCUGUAUUUAGGAUGGAAAUUAAAGAGCUUGCCUUUAAGUCAUUGCAACUCCUGAAGGCAGCUAUCUUUGACAAAGAAUGUGAACCAUUAUUCUCACUUGACAUUUAUGGGCAUAUCAUUGGAAUGUUUGAGCUGAAUAAUCUUGAUCUGGUUGUAGCAUCUCCUGUGGAAGAUUACUUUUUGUAUAUCGAUGAUCUACCAUAUCCUGAGAAGGAAGAAGCCAAGAAAGUAUCUCAACCAUAUUUGGAUGCCCUCGGUGAUGAGUAUGCAGUUUGUUGUGAGGGUAUGCGAAACUUUAACUGUACAGACUUGAUUAAUCAACAAACACGGUACAUCUGACAAGGCCUGAGCUGGACCACAUCAUUUCUGUCUUACUCUUCAGCAUUUGAUCUUUUUAUUUAUUGAUGGGCUGCCAUCUGAUCUUUGACAUGCAUGCUGUGGGACUGGAAUAAGCAUACAAUUAUAACAUGCUGUACAAAAACGUGACACCACAUAGUUGAUGACCGCAUUUUAGCUAACAGGAUAGGAUAAGUUACCAGAGAAGCAACUUUAGAAUAUGAAUAUGUACAUGAAUUAGUAGGCUUUCCCAGUUUGAGAAUGAUGCAUGCAGUCCUGCUUUGGUUUUUGUCCUGACAUAAGCUUAUCAUGAUGUCAAGUAAAUUUUUUGUUUUUAUUUUGCAUUGUCCUCACAUAUACUCA